GUCUAGAGCUCAUUGAAGAAGAUAUCACGCGAGCUAGUCAGAUCGCGCGUAGACGGGGGUGUGUCACAAUGCAUAAAUACAUCACGCGUGUGUUCAUUCUGACGUAAAACACUCGGGAAACCCAUUAGCACCCGCUUGUCCUCAUAACUGCUAUUGUAUUUCUUAGGUUGUUCCGUGAAAUGUCCUUCCUUAAAAAUCUCGCGCUCCUGCUGUUCCUCACUUGUCUCUCGCAGCUGAUCUUCACUGCUGAGAGCGUGAAGGGUCCUGAAAGAAAAGGGAAGAGGCAAGAGAGACGAGGUGAUGGCGGCCUUCCCCUCUUCAAAGGAAAGUUUAAAACCAGUGACAAGGUGCAAUGCUCGUGGGUGGCGCGCGGGGAGGACACGUACUACUACACCUUGACCGUUACGUGCAAGCCUGGAAAACGGGACGGUUUGACUUGUAAUUACACUGGCAAACCAUCUUCGUGUCCUGAAUUUGCGUCGAACACCGAGAACUAUUGGAAACAGAUAAGCAGGUCGCUUAAGAAACAGAAGAAACUUUGCGUCGAUCCACGCUCGAUGCUGAGAGCUGGCAUGUGUAAAAGCGCGCCACUUGAAGCGCAUUUCAGACUAUCCGAAACGGAACACGCAAAGUCACCCAAGAAACCGAUCAAGAAUAAAGAGGUUAAAACAAAUGCAACGAUGCCGGACAGCACGCGCAAGUGCACGCCGCAGAUUGAUCACAGCAAGACCGCCAAAGAGAAGUGCGGAGAUUCCUGGGCGAGUCUAUGCACGUUCGUUUUUACUUUAAUCCAGAACGGAGACUGUUAAGUGUUUAUUGACUGUGUGUAACGUGAGAUACAGUAUUUUACAGUAUUUUUCGUCGUUUGCUUACGACGUAUCAAGUUUGUUCUUUUGUUUUUGUGCGAUUUUCUAUUAAAUGGAUGUUUAAAUAAAAAAAAACAUAUU